UCCUCACAUGAGCUGGUCAUGCACUGUGAAUCAGGAACAAUAUAAAGCAGCACGUCCACGGUUUCGAAUGAUGCCUUCAAACAAAAUGAAUGCAGCGAAUUGGGCGUCACCCCGCUCCGAGGGACCAUUCAAAUAUAUAGACGUUGACACUUCACAGCAUAUAGUCCGACUAUUGAGAGUAUUCCGUCGUGACGAUGGGACGACUGAGGGACAAAUACAACACUUUAAUAUCGAGAAAGCACCGCCAUACCGAGCUUUAUCUUAUACAUGGGGCCCGAAAACUGCAACGGAGAAAAUAUGUGUAGAUGGGUACGGGCUCGUCAUUCGACGCAAUCUGUAUAGGUUUUUGGACAAAUACAAAAUAAAACACGAAGGCGAAUGGAUCUGGAUUGAUCAAAUCUGCAUUAACCAGCUCUCGACCACGGAGCGCAACCACCAAGUGCGGUUGAUGUCUCGGAUAUAUCGAGGUGCUCAGGAGGUCAUCGUUUGGAUGAAUGAAGAAGAACAUGAAAUAAUAGAAAACUCGUUGCCUUGCACAGAGAAAUGCAAGAGGGCUCGCCACAUGGGCGAAAAGACGUGCACAUGGAUUCAGGGACUUCUCCAAAAUCGAUACUGGCGUCGUCUAUGGAUCAUACAAGAAGUUCUUCUAGCGAAAUCUCUGACAAUUUGGUACUGCGGUGAGAUAAUAUCUUGGGCGGAAGUCUCUGCUUACGCUCGGGUUGGAAGUGCACCAUUACAGCUACACUUCCUCGUUGCAGAGUCUGAGCACAUCAAAAGAAAGCCCUUGAGUCUGAUGGGAGCCAUCCGCUAUUGCUAUGACAGCUUAUGCGAGGAUUUGCGAGACAAGGUAUACGGACUGCAAGCGCUCAUACAGGACGAACAGCAGCUUGACAUUGACUACGCAAAGUCGAGAGAUCAAGUGUUUGUUGACACCAUCAUGAUGAUUUUGUCGACCGAUCUUUACGCUGCUCGAAUUCACGAUUGCAUGCUUCAGCUCGCACGCGCAAUGCAAAUCCAGAACUGGUGUGAUAAAGGAUCGCGACCACUAGAAGCUAUCAUUGAACUGACAAAGAUCUACUCCGCGAAAGCCUCUUUAUCUAACUGGUACAGAGAGGAGCUGCAAUUUGGAUUGAUGACUUUGGUAGAAGGUGAUGAUGCAGCGUUCGAUGAAUGGUACUUGUGGCAUCGAGACUAUGUUGUAGGGGCAGGCCUUGUAAGAUCGAGAAGUGGUUUGAUUGGAAAGGAUUUGACAUAUCUGGUUAUGCCGGACAGUCUGGAUUCGAUGAAUAACUAA